CGCAGUAGUCGGGCAGCAGCAAUCAAGGUCUAAUCCCAUCCUAGCCAGAGUUCGAAGCCCACCAGGCCAAAUGGCGAACGUUAAUUUGCAGAUGCCGCUCAUUGCAGCCGCGACCACCAUUCUGACAAUUGUGGGUGGGGCCACCAGCGGUGCGGAGACGGCCCGGAACCACCCAUUGUAUCAGACCACGGGGUCUUUGUUCGACAAUCGAUGGCUACCAAUGGAUCAAUCGCUGCCGCCUCCUCAUCCCAAUCAUCGUUAUGGUUCGUCUAAAAUGCCACGCGGCGAUGGGGGCGAAAGGCGUGCCUUUAGCAGGAGCAUCAGUCAUUCCGCGGGCUCCCCGCAAGGACUGGCCACGGUGCUCAAUGGGCUCACAAAUCUCUCGGGUCUGGGUCACAUCAGCAAUGGCUAUGCCUCUGCGAUGACCCCCAGCCACACGGAGGCCUUGGCCCUGGGCUCCACCAAACAGGAGAUACCCAUUUACGAGGACCACAAUGAGGAUGCCGCCGUGGCCGCAGUGGCAGCAGCUGGAGCCCAUGCAUUUGGGUCGGGAAAUGGACAAUCUGGCGGCGGCGGCCUGGAGAACAAUCAGCAUCAUUCGCCGAUAUACAAUUAUCCCGGUGGAGGGCACAAUGGCGGAUUUUUGCCUGCCUAUGGACAGGCGGGAUCUGGUGUCGAGCAGAGCUACGAAUCCUGGCCCGAGGAGCAGCCGGAACAACAGGCGGCUCAUCCGUAUGCGUACGAUAAAAUUUCAAUGGGCAAUUUCCUGCCGCACUACGAGCAGGGAAUUGGAUAUGAUGACCAGCAGGAGCACUUCGACCAGCAACAGCAACAGCAGCAGCAGCAACAGCAACUUUACCACCAGCAGCAGCAACUUCAGAAACAGCAGCAACAUCAGCAGCAGCAGCAACAGGAACAGGAGCAGCACUCCACGUACUUUAGCCAACAUGACCCAUCCGCCUCUGGAUCCGGUUCAACGUCGGCAUCAUCUGCCUCGGGCGGAUCUACUGCCGAUAACUACGAAGAGCAUCCCGAUGCGGGCCAGGAGCAGAGUUCCAACUACUUGUCGGAGGCAAGUGGUCAAGGCCAGGGUCACAGCCACCACUCGCAUCAUGUGGACAUCAUCAACUAUGUGCCGGUGAAGCAUGUGAAGAAACAGCAUGUGCCGGUGGAGAAGGAGGUGAAGAUACCCAUUUCGCAUGCGGUCAUCAUACCGGUUCGCAAGCCAGUGCCCAUCCACAUACCGAUCACCAAGAACGUGCAGGUGGCCGUAGAAAAGGAACUGAAAGUGCCCGUGGAGCGAUUGAUACCGGUGCCCGUUGAGAAACACAUCCCGGUUCCGGUGGAGAAACAUGUGCCCUAUCAUGUGGUCAAAUAUGUGCCCAUCAAGGUGCCCAAGCCCUUUCCCGUCAAGGUGCCCGUUUUCAAGACGGUGCUGCACAAGGUCAAGAGCUGGUGGUAGAUUCAUUCAGCACAUUUGCAUUCAGAGCACGCGAAUUUCGUUAUAGUUAUAAGCACAUUACGCAUACGCCACCGCUUCCCCCCUGCAAACCAAAGUGAAAUUCAUUAUGCAGUUUUGCACAUUUCGUAUUCCAUUUUUAAUGUCGAGUUUUAAAAUUCAUUUAAUCCUCGUGAUGUACAACAAUUUUGUGACUCAUUUAACAUUACAACAAUUUGCAUUAAAAUACAAAUACGAACGGAAACAGAAACAGAAACCCAACCAGAAACUGAAACAGAAUCAAAAUCGGGAAAUGGCAAGGCGCAGUGUGUGUGUGUGUGUGUUUACACACGCAUUGCAAAAGACCGAGGUUUUUAGCAGCAGCGAUUUUACGGUGCAUUUGUCAUGGACAUAACCCUUUACCAUUUGCCCACUUGGCACCUCAUCUCCAACUCUUCCUUUAUGGGCGUCCUCAUUUAUUUAAUUUCACUUUAAGCGCACACAAUGAAAUUUGUGUUUAAUGAAAUGAAAUUCAUCUUCACAAAAGGUUCUCGCGAGCAUUUUGCUCCUCCACCGUUGUUCUCAGGCUGCCAAAUGCCAUUUCCAGACCAUUACAUUGCCAGUUUGGUUUUUUGUUGGGAUGGGCAAGCACAGCAUCCCUAUAGGUACUAUAUACUAUACCUUUGCAGUUGCGGGGUUUUCAGAGUUUCCGGCUCUAAUUAAAUUAAGUGCACACCUUUGUUGUCCCACUACGCGUUGGCAUGCCGCUCGUGUUGGCUUUGGCAUUGCCAUUGGCCCGUGUCCCACGUUCUGUGUCCCGUGUCACUUGUGCAGCUCUCUACUUUGAUUUGCAGCCCGAUUGAAUUGGCCAAGGGACUCCGGACUCUGGACUCUCCCAUCCCGAUUUUUUCAUGCCUUGCUUUCGCCAGUGGUUUG